AUGCGUGGUUUAGAAGAUAGAGAUGAUGAAUACAAGACAAUGUUAAAUGAGAAGCUUCAAGUUACAGAUGGCAGUGGUUUGAUACAGAGUGGUGUUCCUAACUUUUGUGUUGUUCUUCUAGCACUAAAUGAUCUAGGGUAUAAAGCAAGGGGAAUUCGGUUGGAUUUUGGUGAUCUUGCUUAUCUUUCAUGUGAGAAAAGAAAGUUCUUUGAAACAAUUGGAAUGGAAUUUGGAGUUCCGAGGUUUGGAAAGACUGGAAUCACUGCUGCGUUCUCUGGCCAACCGAGAAGUUCACUUCGCCUAAAUCGGUUCAACAGGAACACCUUAAUCGGACCUAGGGCACGUAAAUUUGAGCAGUCUCCAAUGAUGUCAGUUGAGCCCACGGUCGUCGGCGAGGCGAAAUCAGCCACAGAAGUUGAACUAAUGUGUGGUUUAGAAGAUAGAGAUGAUGAAUACAAGACAAUGUUAAAUGAGAAGCUUCAAGUUACAGAUGGCAGUGGUUUGAUACAGAGUGGUGUUCCUAACUUUUGUGUUGUUCUUCUAGCACUAAAUGAUCUAGGGUAUAAAGCAAGGGGAAUUCGGUUGGAUUUUGGUGAUCUUGCUUAUCUUUCAUGUGAGAAAAGAAAGUUCUUUGAAACAAUUGGAAUGGAAUUUGGAGUUCCGAGGUUUGGAAAGACUGGAAUCACUGCUGGUAAUGACCUCAAUGAAGAAACUUUGGAUGCUUUAAACAAACAGGCAAGCUUUGUAUAG